AUGGCUUGUGGAAAUAAGCAAAUUUGUUCUGGUACUCUACAUAUUGCAGGCUUAUUUCCAUUGGAUUCAUUAUGGGGAAUAAGACCAAAAUUAGCAACCGAAUUAGCAAUUGAUAUGAUUAACCAGCGAUCAGAUCUAUUAAUGAACUAUAGUAUCAAAAUGAGAGUUGCUGAUACCAAGUCUUCGAUUAAAGUUGGUGAAAUAGCUAUCAAAAAGCUGCUAAAUAAUUCGAAUGCAGAAUUAAUGCUUCUAGGGCCAGCUUUCUCUAAUAUAACAAAAGCAAUAUCAGCGCUAGCAAAUAAUGCGAACUUGCUUCAGGUUUCCUAUGCAGCGUCUUCACCGGAUUUAUCACAACGAAAUAAAUAUCCUGAUUUUUAUAGAACAUCUCUGAGCGCCACUUCUGAUAAUCCGGUCAUCCUGAAACUAUUACGUUAUUUUAAUUGGAAUCGCAUUGCCAUUAUGGACGAUAAUAUGGUCGAUUCUAAUACUGCAUCUUUGGUACUGGAAAAUUAUUUAAAAGUAAAUGGUGUUACUGUUAAUAAAAGGGCCAGUUUUGGUCAAGAUCCAGUUCCUGCUUUGCAAGAUAUUCAGAAUUCAUUUACAAGAAUUAUCGUCGUUAAGUUGUGUUCUGACAGUACCAGAAGAUUAUUUUGUGCGGUUUACAAUCUGGGCUUACAUAAAUUGGAGAUGAUUUGGAUAAUAUCAAGAAAUAGCCAAUAUCAUAAUCUAUCACCAACCAUACAAGAUAACCUUAACUGUAGCGAAGGGCAAAUUUUAACGGCGUUACAAAAUUCGUUUACUGUAUCUGAUCUACCCUUAAAUUAUAUCCAAAAGAAGUCUAUUUCUGGUUUAACUCCACAUCAAUAUCUCAAUAUCUCACGUAAAAACUUAAGUUCAGAUGGAUCGAGUUAUGCUGCUAGCUAUGCUUUUGAUGCAGCAUGGGCUAUCGCUUUAGCUUUAAAUACUACUAUUUAUGAAUUACAUCUACGUAGUCCAUCCAAAUGUAUAACAGAUUUUCGCUCUGUUAAUGACGAAUUAGCGGAAAUCAUUCGAGAUUCAUUCAGAAAAUUAUCCUUCACUGGCAUUUCGGGGCCGGUAAGUUUUGACGCCUCUGGCACUAGAAAAGGUUUUAUUAGUAUUGAACAAUUUCAAGAUAAACAUCCGCCUUCCGACGUCUUCAUCAAUUCAACGAUAGUUUUCAACCAUACGCGGGCCGUUACACUUACAGCAGAAGUUCUAGCAGGAUCUAGUAUUGUAAUUAACGCUUUAUUGGCCCGUGCAUGGACUCUGAUGAUCGGCUUUUCAAUUGUUUAUUCGUCUAUAUUUGCAAGAUUAUGGGCCUACCGUAAAAUUAAUCGAUCCUCUCAAUCAAAGGCAAGGAUUCCACGUGGAAGAAAAUUAUUUCAGAUCGUCUUUAUGAGCGUAAUGGUCGAUGUGACAGUACUUGCUGCUUGGCAAAAUAAAGUACCUCUGCAGUCAGAACUACAAGUUAUCAGUAUUGAGUUUAUCAAUAUCAUGUGUGCCGCUCACGCGAUUAUCAAUAUUGGUUAUAUUGCAUCUUGGCUUAUAAAAGCUUGCACUUCUUUUGGGGUUUAUACCUAUGUUGGUGUUGCAGAAGCAUUUCUAAGAAAUUUCUUGAAUAUCUACUUACCAUUAACCUUAAUGGUGAUCUUAAACAGCAGUAUUGUCGCUGGUUUAAUCUACAUACCUCAAAUUUUAGAUAUUUUAAAAUUAGGAUUAGAUCAUCAUGUUCAACAUAGUGAGUAUGCCGAAGACGAAGAGGAUGGUUCAGAUCCAUCUCUUAAAUCGCCAGAAUCCGAACAACACUUUACUGACUCUCCAGCUGCCAUGAAUAUUGCGAAUUUACUGAAAUUAAGCGAUCGCGAAAAGUCAUCCAAUCAAUCCAAUGCAAGUAUAUCUCAACUUAGUAGUCAUCAUAACUCAGCAGCUAGCAAAAUAACUGGUAUCAUAAAUCAGCUUCCUGGUCGUAAACAGCCAUUAAAGAAAGAAUGUGAUUCCCCUAAGCCUACUGCUAGCCAUCAGCAACAGCCAACAGUUCGAUUUCAAACUAGUGAAGCAGCAGAAGCAAAAUUGUACUAA